AAGGCAAGGGAAAAGGCGGUUGAGAGGGAGAAGGAUAAAUUUGCGAAAGAAAGGGAGUGGGGCGGGUUGUGUACUUCUACUGGAAGAUACCGCGAGUGUAUGGCGAUGCAGACGGCGUGAGACGGGAAAAACCGUGGUAGUUGCGCAGAGAUUUUUAAGGUGAAUCCACGACGAUUCUCGUAUGACCGGUUGGUGCUGGCCACUUGACGGUCUGACUCAGCUAUAAAAGUGAACGCGGAUCGGUCUUUCCGUUCAGUUAAUCGUGGGUCUCGAACGGGAAUCGUAUAAAGAGAAUCUCGAAGAGAAUGUGGUUGUUUUACGUUGCGCUGGCUGUUGCAUGGAGCGGGGGCGUGAUCGCGUUUCCACAGAACGAUAACGGGGGUUCCACCGAGGUGUUCGAAGUGGACGGAUUCGCGUUCGACGGUCCAGUCUCGACAAGCAGUAUUUCCGGCGACAGGACAAGCACACCAGCCCUGACGACAAGUUCAUCGACGUCCACGGCUGCUCCGUCUAACGUUCAAUUGGAGCAGUGUGUCGCGGCGUGUCCGACAACGCCCGAGUAUAAUCCUGUCUGUGGCACGGACAACGCGAUCUACACCAAUAUAGGAAAAUUACGUUGCACGAUGAGCUGUGGAAAAGACGUGAAUUUGCAGUACUACGGACGUUGCGUGACCACCAAGGUAAGAGGCGGAUAGUAAGGUGUUGAACGGAUCGACGACAUCGGCUCGUGACUGCAACUUGAAUCAAGAAGACUGUUCUUUUAUCGCGUAAUUUCGACCCUGAAUAGAGAUUAGCAUUGCGAA